GUUAACACCUUGUGAAUUCUUUAUGUCCUAACGAAUGUAUAUCGCAUGGCUUCAUUAUCACGUAUAGACUUGAUAUUAAAAGAGGUACAAGAAUUUAUGUGUUAUAAUCGAACAGAUAUAGGUUAAAAGCACUUUGAUCACUAAUAACCAGUAAAAGAUAAGAAAGAGCCGACUCUUUGCUGAUUUAUUUGUGAUAAGCUAUUGACUAUUCUAAUUUAACGUUUAAGAAAUAUAAACUUAAAUUAGAUCUGAUUGUGUUUGAGUUAAUAUUUAAUAUCAAGUAAUAUGGAGGAGCCAAUAUCAGCUUUUGCCAUGUAUGCAGCAAAACGUAAAAAAACAGAACAGUUAUUGAAUAAAAAGAAAAAAAAGCAGAAAACUUUUGAACAAAAAGAUGUUAAACAAGCAAGCAUAAAGCAAGAGAUGGGAUGUAAAGAUGUCAUAAGUAAAUUAAAAAUUAUGAAAGAAGAGAAUAAAAAGGCUGCUAAGAAGAAAAAAGUAACUGUUCGGAUUAUUCAUGCAAAAUCAAAAAAAAAGGGAACAGAAAGCAGAGAAAAUAUUUUAAAUGAUGCAAAUUCAAGUCACUUGAAUACAAGUAUAAAUACAAGUAUAAAUUCAAGUCAUUUAAAUACAAAUUUAAAUGAUACAGAUCAUCCACUUUAUGCAAAUAUUGAGAUAAAUAAACAUGAUCAUCGCAAUCCUGUUGAAGACUGUGGACAAUUAUUUAAAUGGCUAGUGUAUCCUAUGACUACAGAACAAUUCUUCACACAAAAUUGGGAAAAGAAUCCAUUAUAUAUAAAAAGAGAUAUGUGUAAUUUUUAUAAAUUCCUUUUAUCAAUGUCUUUAUUCGAAGAAACAUUGAGAAAUAAUAAUGUUCUAUUCACUAAACAUCUUGAUAUAACCUCCUACUCUCAUGGAGUGAAAGAGACUCAUAAUCCUCCCGGUCGUGCUUAUGCAAGUAUUGUUUGGGACUAUUUUAAAAACAACUGCUCCGUUAGAAUGUUAAAUCCUCAAAUAUUUAUACCCAAGAUACAUGCUUUGAAUGCUACUCUCCAAGAAUUCUUUGGUUGCUUUGUUGGUGCUAAUAUAUAUCUCACGCCAGCUAAUAGCCAAGGUUUCGCUCCUCAUUAUGAUGAUGUAGAAGCAUUUAUUUUGCAAAUCGAAGGUAAAAAGAGAUGGAAACUAUAUAAGCCACUUAAACCAAGUGAACAUUUGCCAAGAUAUCCCUCAAGGAAUUUUGAUGAGUCGGAGUUAGGAGAGCCAAUAUUGGAUAAGGUUGUCAGCGCUGGAGAUUUGUUGUAUCUACCACGAGGAACUAUCCAUCAAGCAAUGGCUCUUGAUACUUAUAGCUUGCACAUCACAGUAAGCGUGUAUCAGAGAAACAGUUGGUGCGACUUUUUUGAAAAAUUGCUUCCACAAGCUCUAAAGCGAGCCACCAAAAGAGAUAUUCGUUUUCGUGAAGGAGUACCGAUGAAUUAUUUAUCAUAUAUCGGUUGUCAAUAUGAUGAUUUUCGCAAAGAUUCUUUCAAGACUCUUGUUAUGAAGUUGUUCGUUGAACUAUUGGAAUAUAUUGAUGUUGAUCAUGCAGCCGAUUUAAUGGCCAAACGUCACAUCCACGAUUCUCUGCCCCCUUAUAUCUUUAAGCCAGAACGUAGGUGUACAAUACUAGAAGAUGGUGAGAACCUCUAUAACAGGCCGAAGCGCUAUGGGAAAAUUAAGCUUUCGACUGAGAUACGAUUGUUAAGAUUGUAUUGCAUCAGAUUAAUAAAAGAAGAUAAAGUAUAUAAAAUAUAUUAUUCUACCGAAAAUUCCAAAGAAUACCACGAAUAUGAGCCACAAUAUUUAGAAAUUGACAAAGAAUUUGUGCCUGCGAUUAAACAAAUAAUAGAAGCCUAUCCUGAUUUUAUAUCUGUGAAGGAUCUGAAAAUCGAAGAUGUUGACACAAAAAUUCAAGUAGUGAAAGAUCUUUGGGAAAAAAAUAUAAUUAUAACGAAGGUUCCUCUGAAUUGUGUACACUAUUAAGAAGAAAAAGAACCAAAAUAGGUUUUUUUUUAAGAAGAGAAAAACACCAAAAACCUGAACGAAGCCUUUCCAUGAGGAAGCUAUAAGAGAUAAUGAUAAAGGGUGAUGUAGUACACUUUAGUUAAAUUCACUUCGCAUUUCGAUUUUUUCGUGAGUGUUAUACAUAGUUAUGUACAUGUAUAAUCAUCAUAAUCAUAUAUGAAUGUUACUUUUCUUAUAUACAUAUACGUAGCUGUCAUUACAAUUAUCAAAAAAAGCAUAAGAUAUAAGUUGAAUGAUACCGGGUUGAAAUAAUCUUAUUUGCGUCUGAUUCGCAAGAUUUUCCCUUGUUGCUAAACUUGAACUCCCUUUGUCUUAAUCGACAGUGUAUGUUCCGCCCAAAUUAAUUUUUCUUCAAUCCAUAAUACAAAGCCUUCAUACAAAUAUCUAAAAUAUAUGUUAUAUGUAGUUUAUCUGUUUCGAAAAAAUAAUUUUUUGACUGUUCUUGUAUGAA